AAACAGUGUGAGUCACUGACAGUUCACAGCGUAUAAAUGAUUAGGUUGAUUCAAAGGAAUUGUCACUUUCUUCUGGAUCCUUGGAGCUGAAAGUUUAUGGUUACAACAAGCCGAGUGCCGUGGUGAGCUGCCUGCAGAGCCGACUGCAGACCCGCCCACAUGGUUUCACUCAAGUUCAGCCUGCUGGCCUUGCUGGCCAUUGGACUCAUAGCAUCAGAAGAAGCACAAGCACGAAAAUGCGAAGGAGGCAAAGAUGGAAAAGGAGGAGGGGAUGACAGUGACAGUGACAGCAACAGUGGCAGUGACAGUGACAGUGGCAGUGACAGUGACGAGAGUUUAAAAAAAGCACAGUAUCCCCGCGGGGUAUAUCCCUUCUCUCCAAGACAACUGUAUCCACCCCCACCACAUGGAUGUCCUUCAAGAACAGCCAUAAACCUCUUAUCUGCAAUCCUGUCACAUUUCAAAGCAUCGCCACAUCCUGGACAAACCCAAAUACCUGCACCACCUCCACACCCCGAAAGUCUUCACAUACACAUAUCACAGCUUGAAUAUCCUCUGCCACCUGGUCCCUCACCUUUAGGACCUCUGUGGCCUGGACUUCCCGCACCACCUGUAGAACCUCUGCCACCUGGACCUCCUGCACCACCUGUAGAACCUCUGCCACCUGGACCUCCUGCACCACCUGUUGAACCUCUGCCACCUGUAGUACCUCUGCCACCUGCACCUCCUGCACCACCUGUUGAACCUCUGCCACCUGUAGUACCUCUGCCACCUGCACCUCCUGCACCACCUAUAGUACCUCUGCCACCUGUAGUACCUCUGCCACCUGCACCUCCCGCACCACCUGUAGUACCUCUGCCACCUGUAGUACCUCUGCCACCUGCACCUCCUGCACCACCUAUAGUACCUCUGCCACCUGUAGUACCUCUGCCACCUGCACCUCCUGCACCACCUAUAGUACCUCUGCCACCUGCACCUCCCGCACCACCUGUAGUACCUCUGCCACCUGCACCUCCUGUACCACCUAUAGUACCUCUGCCACCUGUAGUACCUCUGCCACCUGCACCUCCCGCACCACCUGUAGUUCCUCCGCCACCUCCACCUCCCGCACCACCUGUAGUGCCACCGCCACCUCCACCUCCUGCACCACCUGUAGUGCCACCACCACCUCCACCUCCACCUCCUGCACCACCUGUGAUGCCACCUCCACCUCCUGCACCACCUGUAGUGCCACCAACACCGCCACCUCCACCUCCCGCACCACCUGUAGUACCUCCGCCAGCUCCACCACCCGCACCACCUCUAGUACCUGCGCCACCUCCACCUCCCUCACCACCUGUAGUACCUGAACCACCUGUAACUCCCUCAAAACCUCAAGUACCUACAGAAUCUAAAUCUCCCAGCAAACUUCCCAGCAUACCUAAAAAGCCUAGUGGACCUAUAGUGCCUAUACAGCCUAAACAUCCUAAAGAGCCUAAAGAUCCUAAAGAGCCCAUGAAGCCUAUGCCUAAACAUCCUAAAGAGCCUAAAGAUCCUAAAGAGCCUAAAGAUCCUAAAAGGCCUAAACAUCCUAAAAGGCCUCAACGUCCUAAAAUGCCCAAACAUCCUAAAGAGCCUAAAGAUCCUAAAGAGCCUAAAGAUCCUAAAAGGCCUAAACGUCCUAAAAGGCCUAAACGUCCUAAAAGGCCCAAACAUCCUAAAAGGCCUAAACGUCCUAAAAGGCCUAAACGUCCUAAACGUCCUAAAAUGCCCAAACAUCCCGGCAGUCCCAAAAAACCUACACAUCGUGGCAAACACUCUGGCAUUGGCAAAUGUUGUUGCAAAGGUAAACGCUGUUGCAAAGGCAAGCAAAACUGCAAAGGGAAGUGUUGCUGCUGCAAAGGACAAUCUUGCUGCAAGUCACUGGUGAUCUGUGAGGGACGGAGCGGGAAGUUAAGAUGCCCUAAGGGGACAACAAUCCAGCUGCGGUCCGCCAUGUAUGGUCGACAAAGUAGAGGUGUUUGCGCAGCAAAACAGCUGGAGGGAAACCUACAAAGCUUGACCUGCAGAAAAGAUAUCACCAACACUGUGACCAAAAGCUGUAACAAGAAGUCCGAAUGUGAUAUCAAGGCAUCCAAUGCACUGGCGGGAGACCCCUGUCCACUCACCAAGAAAUACCUGUCUGUUGGUUACCAGUGUGUCUAAGGGAACCAGUCCUGUCGCUUAAAUGGGAAGAAGGGUUUGGCCUCAUUGUAUGAAUCUCUCUAUCAUCGUGUCCCAACUUUACACAACAACUAAUUUGAACUGAUAACAGUCAGAAACUGACUAAAUAAAGUGUAGUUUAAAAGAACUUUGUUGGGGACUAAAAUCAAAUUUUGGGGUGUGGUGCUGUUGGACACUGUUCUGUCACUAGGCAACACUAAAACAAAAUUAAAAUAAAUUGUGGUGCUCCAGAUUGUUCACUACAAAAACAGUAAUGACUAAAUACAUUGGAGUAAAUUUUGGUAGUAGCAUUAAAAAGUAAUAAAAAGACAAAAACAAACCACAGCGGUAAACAUGGAGUCCCACAGGGCUCCAUUCUGGGGUCACUUACUUAUGAUUAUAAUAUUAACUCGCUUUGGCUUUUAAAUUUAAAAUUGGCAGUCUGUCAUGUUUAUCGCUUAGUAACUGCAGAAUUAAUACUCACACAUGACUACAUCAUAUCAAACUGGGACAUGGUGUCAAUGAUCUGUUCUUUAUUUCUUUCUAAAACAUGGAGAAGCAGCCGAACCAUCAGCAACAAACCAGAAUCAAAGAUAUGUGAUUAAAGACAAUUAAAUAUAUAUUAUCAUUAUAAUUACACUCAUUACUAUUGUUGUAGUAAUAACUAUUAUAAUUAUUGUUGGUGGAAGUGUUAUGUGUUUAUAAAUAUAUAUAUAAAUAGUUUAUUAUAUAGGUAUCCUGAGUUACAUGCUGUGAUGUAGCCUGCUGAAGGACUUAAGUUAUUGCUCUUUUUUUUUUCUUUCACUCUAAUGGAUGGGCUUGAAAUUAACUUUAUGGAUCAAAAAUGGCUACUGAUUUCUAAAAUGACCAGCCACUCUGAAUUCUCUGCAGUCAAAAUUUCAAAUAAACCAAAAAUCACAGGUAAAAUUUAAAAGAAUUCAGAGGAUUUUGGCUUAAGUCCAAUUCAGUAGGGUUCUGUGAUAUUUACAAUCUCACUAACACCCCCAAAUGUAAACAAGUUUGUACCCACAUUCACCAUGGUUACUGUGCGUUAAUUUCAAGCCCUGCUGGUGUCUGUCGUCUUAAUAAGAAGUAAUAAAAUUCAAAUUGGUGUUUGAAAAAUAAAGAAUCAUCUCAUUGGA